CUCAGGGCUAAACAGCAAGCGUUAAUAACGUCAUUUAUCCGCGACGCGUCGUGCGAGGCCAUGUCCACGCGUGUUUUGAAAGUUCGUGUCAGGUUUCUGUAAUGGCCACCAAACGACCAAAGGACGAGUGCAGCAGCACAGAUAAGAAGAAGAAGAAGAAAAGCGACAAGGAGAGCCGCGAGGAGCCGGUGGAGCUCUGCGCAGCCGUAGAAAAUGACCAGGUGAAGAGAGCCGUCGCGGAGGCAUGGAGCCGCAGGACUACCUACAGCCACGGCGAUCUGGAGUUGGACUGCCACCCUUUCCCUCACUGCAUCUUCACAAAUUUCAUCAGCAGCCAAGCCUUUGCAGAAAACCUCCAGAAAGAGCUGCUGGAGCUAAACUUCCAUGAAAAAUCAAAUGACCUGUAUAAAUUUAAACAGUCAGAUGACCUGAAGAAAAGAACAGAGCCACAUAUCGCAGGCCUGAGGGCAGCACUGUUUGGGCGUUUCCGGUCCUGGCUCGGGGAGGUGCUGGGGGUUGAGCUGGAGCCCACUGUGGAUAUUUCUUGUGCCAAAUAUGAAUAUACAGAUGUUCUUUUGUGUCACGAUGAUGAGUUGGAGGGGAGGCGCGUUGCGUUCAUUUUGUAUCUUGUGCCCCCGUGGCAGAGCAGCGACGGGGGAACCCUCGAUCUUUACACAACAGACAGUUAUUUGCAGCCACAGAGCAUAGUGAAGUCACUCGUACCCUCCUGGAACACACUCGUGCUCUUUGAAGUUUCUCCAGUCUCCUUUCACCAAGUGUCUGAAGUUUUAUCGCAGGACAAGUGUCGGCUGUCUCUGAGCGGCUGGUUUCACGGACCUUCUCUGGAACGUCCUCCUCGCCACGCGGUGGCUCCCAUCCAGAGGAAUCCACACUUACCGAGAGAUGAAACGGUGCUGCUGGAGUGGAUCAAUCCCAUCUAUUUGGACAUUUCUUAUCAAGAGCAGAUUCAGGAGGAGUUUGAAGACAGCUCUGAAAUUCAGCUCAAAGGAUUUCUCAAGGAGGAGAAGUUCAAAGAGGUGAGUGAAGCACUUCGGCUCUCUCAGAUUGAGUGGAAGAAGAGAGGUCCACCCAAUAAGAGGUGCUAUGAAGCAGCUGCUCUGGACUCGCUGCCUCAGUGUGUGAGUGCAUGCUGGGAGCUGCUUCAUUCAGAAGCAUUCUUCCUGCUCCUCUCCAACUUCACUGGCCUUCGAUUGCACUAUCUCUGCCCGGCUGACGACGAAGAGGAUGACGAUGAAGAGAAGGUUAAAAAGCAGCAAGAUGAUGGAGAAGCCACGGGGUCGUCAAAUGAACCGUCCUCAGCAGAUGCGAGCAGAGAGAAAGAGCCGAGCACCCCUUUGUGCUGUGGGGAAGUACGCCGAUGGUCUCGCGGUGGCUACACCCUGUUGCACGAUGGAGAGGCCGCGCGGGCAGAAUACGCGCUGGACCUCGUUUUGCCUUUCGGCUGCACAGGCUGGCAGUCAGAGUUUGGCGGCUUCACGUGUUAUGUGGCUAAUGAAGAGGAUGAGGAGCUUCUGACCGUCUACCCGGAGGACAAUUCACUCGCACUCGUCUACAGAGACAAAGAGACCCUCAAGUUCGUCAAACACGUCAACCACAAAAGCACCUCCGAGCCUGAUGGCAGCUCCACCUGCAGAGAGUUUUAUGACUUUUCUUUUGUCUACUAUGAAUAAAUAUGUAUAUAAUUACUUAAGUGUGUGCGUGUGGGGGGGUGCAUUUACACUGGGAGAUGAACUCCACUCACUCCACUCAUUAUUGCAAUAGGACAGUGGGGAGAAGACAGAAAAGCUGGGAAAAAGACACGCACAAAACAACCUUGGUGUAGAUUUUAACGCAGGCCUCUGUAAUAGUCUUAUGGUAUAGGGGCCACCUUAAAAAGUUGCCUAUAUUAUUCGCUAAAGUUGCAGAAAUCUGGAAAAAAAAAUGAAAAUGGCUCUCCUUGCUAUAUUCAAAACCACUCACCAGCAUAGCGUGUGCACCUGCGCUGCAUUCAGGCCUAACAAAACUUGACAAAAUCUUUUUUUUUUUUUUUAACAGAAAAGCCAUAUUUAUGAUGGCGCUACUGUGUCUGAAAAGUAAUCCCAACUUCUGUCUUAAACCUGCAUUCUUUCUAAUGGUCAGCAGGGGGCGACUCCUCUGCUUCCAAGAAGACUUCAGGUUGUAUUCACUUUUAUGAGAAAAAGGCCCUCGGCCCCCCCUCACUCUGUGACCUCAGUAAACACUUUUAUGGGUUCAGUUGCUAUUUUCAGGUCAUACAGUAUGAAACAUGAAGUUCAUCUUGUGAAUGGUCAUUAUUAUAGUUAUAAAGGAGCAUAAUCCAGGGUAUGCUUGCCAGCUAGCAACCUGCUUAAUCACAAGUUGUUUGUGAUUGUGCAGUAACCCUCAUUUUGACAGUUAAUUCCACCAUGUGCUCGUUUCAAAAAUGGUUCAAAAAUAGCAAGACGGCGACUGCGAAAAUGCUCAUCUUGAGGCUUCAGGGCAGGAAUUCACAAAACCAACAGAUGGCAUCAGAGUGCCUUUAUCAAUCUUUUAUACUGUUUAUGUAUCCAUGCUGUUAUAUCUGUCAAGCACGCGGGAGCUGAUUCAUCUUAUCCUUCCUUUUAAGCAGUGGACAUCCAACAUUUAGGCGUGUUACCUUCACCUUUACUGGCUAGAGUAAAUGUACAAGAAUCCAAAUUGUAAAUUUCCUGACAGAGAAUCUGUGGGGGCUGUUCACUUUUGUGUGUUACCUUUUUAAUAUGGUAGGGUUUAAAUAGAUUUCUGACACAUGCAAAAAAAAUGCGAUAAAACAUUUAUGAAAGCUCGUUGCCCAGCGUUGUACAUUGCUUGGGUAAAACAUUUUAAAACAUUACAAAAAAUAAACUUUUCACAAUGUUUCUAGAUUAACUGUGUUGAUUAUCUGGUCUUAUCUGAUCUUAUUAUCUGUGGUCUGCCUGUGCCUGGAAGAGGAGUACCACUCUGGUUCCUUAGAACUUGCUAAAAGAGUUAUUUUAGAUUUAUUUUAUUUUUUACUCUAAUGAUGCCAAACAGAAGAACAAGUUGCAGUUCUGUGUAAAAGCCACCA